GGAAAAAGACAAAUGACAAGUUGUGGAAUCUUGGGAAUGGAAGAGAAAGCAAACGCCGUCCCCAUGAAUACAUAACAACCUUCUGUAUCUAGAGAAAUGGUGCAGGACUCGUGAAAGUGUCUCCUGCAAGCACAAGAAGCCAUGCUUGUAUCAAAUUUCCAGCUGUCUCUGAUGAAUCUGGUCCUGCAUGUGAUGAGGCAUUCAUUCAAAAGCCAGUUCAUCCUCGGUACUGUCCGUCUCGCUUUGAGUCUUCACCCUUACAGGCGGCCCGUCUCAGGAUGGCACUGGUACCUGGAUGAAAGAAGAAUGCCUCGGGGUAAGCUUGAUAGAACUUCGAAGUUUGAGUUGGGGUAUUGCUCCGGGUCCCUUCUGGUCGGCGCAUCGCUGUCAUGGCCCACGACAGGAUUUGCGAGUGUGAAGCUUCAUCCCAACACGGUCGACUCUCGUCUAGCUAAAUAUAAUCAACAAGUUGCAAGCCAUCUCAAGCCCCCUUUCCAGGGCCCCAUGACGGAAGGCAGCUUUACGGCGACCGGUAUGGCGUCACCGUGCAAACCCGUCUGGGCCCCAGUCGAUUUGAUCGCUCAUCCGCCAUUUCUCAAAAGCCUCCUCCUGCGUCGCAAUUCGAUCGAAGCAAGAUGGCCAGGGUCCAAAAGGGUUUGGUGUCGAUUGUUCGCGUUUCCGCCUUCAGCCCCUCAUCGCGCUCCCCUCUCUGCUCCCCUCCCCUCAUUCCAUUAUUGCAUUGUUCAUAGCGUGCUGUAGUCUGUAGGCGGUACAGUAGCCAGCUGCUCUGGUCCUGGUCCUUCCCGCUUCUGUUGCCGCAAACGAAAAAGUCUGCAGCCCUGCACGUGUGUGUCUGCACCACCACGCAAGAUCGGGAGGGCAACCGUACAGGCACAGGCAAAGAGAGACCAUCGUCUCCAUCGACCCAUCCAC